UUUUCCUGCAUUGAAACGAAUUCAUAUUUUUUAUCUGUCUGUAGUGUAGUGAAGUUCGGCGGAAUCGGUCGUCAGAGAGAGGCCGGUAUUGUGACACCGGAAUCUAUUUACUUCAAGAAAUACAAGAAAAUAAAACACAAUGUUACCGGACUCCUUCAAAACCCGCCUGAUACGCUGGCUAGAGGAUCACCGCGAGUUUGUGGUGGCAGUCUUCUGUUUGCCAGCUAGCUUCUUGUUCACGGUGCUGCUGAGGAUACGCGCGUAUCUGCGGCGGCUGAGCAGCGACCCGCAGCGGCAUGAUAGUGCCGUCAGAUUGAUACAGAGCCAGGUGCAACAAUGGAACAAGCUCCCUGCAAAAGACCGGCGUCUACUCUGCACUUCGCGACCAAACUGGCUGUCUCUCUCCACCACGUUCUUCCAGAAGCACCUUCAUCACCAGGUGGCGAUCCCACUGUACGAUAUACUGGAGUUGGAUGAACAGGCCAUGACGGUCAGGGUGGAACCCAUGGUGACUAUAGGGGAUAUCACCGAGUAUCUCAUACCGAAGGGGUAUUCUUUGGCUGUAACUAUUGAGCUGGUGGAUGCUACUUUGGGAGGUCUAGCAUUCGGCACGGGCAUGUCAACACACUCCCACAAAGCCGGCCUCUACCACGAGACCAUCACCAGCUACGAAGUAGUCUUAGGCGACGGGUCCCUCGUCACCGCCACCGCUGACAAUGAACACGCAGAGCUCUUCAAAGCCCUGCCCUGGUGCCACGGCAGUCUCGGAUUCCUCGUCGCACUGACCCUCAAGAUCGUCAAAAUAAAACCCUACAUCAAAAUCAAAUACAUACCCGUGAAAGGGCAGAAGAAAUACUGCGACAUGAUUAGAGAACUUUCUGGGACUUAUGAGGCAGUACCUAAGGAGUUCCCAGAUUAUAUCGAAGGAACUAUUUACAGUAAAGAUGAGGCUGUCAUCAUGGUUGGAGAUUAUGCGGACUAUGACCCGAAGAUAAAGGUUAACAGUUGUUCCAAGUGGUACAAGCCGUGGUUCUAUAAGCAUGUCGAAACGUUUUUGGAGAAAGGCGAAUCUGUGGAACUGAUUCCUUUGAGAGAUUACUUGUUGAGGCAUAAUAGAGCUAUAUUCUGGGUUGUAGAAGACAUGCUUUCAUUCGGCAACGAUACGCUAUUCAGGUACUUGUUCGGCUGGCUUUUACCUCCAAAACCUGCCUUUUUGAAGUUCACCACAACGCCAGGAGUUAGAGCAUACACCUUUACGAAACAAGUCUUCCAAGACAUUGUUCUGCCAAUCAAAGAAUUAGAAAGACAGAUCGAAAUAGCGAGCGUACUAUUCGAGAAAUUUCCUCUUUUAGUCUAUCCGUGCAAAAUCAUUGAUCACGGUCCAUCUUCGGGCCAGCUAAAGAGGCCUGACGCGAAAUACCUGGUCCCUGGUACUAACUACGCAAUGUACAACGAUUUGGGGGUAUAUGGGGUCCCGGGAAGGGUUAAGGAGAAGAAGUCGUAUAAUCCUGUGGCUGCUAUGAGGAAAAUGGAGGAGUUCACAAGGGAAGUUGGCGGAUAUUCCUUCUUGUACGCGGAUAUUUUCAUGACGAAGGAAGAGUUUGAAGUGAUGUUCGAUCUGUCUUUGUAUGAGCAAGUGAGGAAGAAGUAUAGUGCUGAGGGCGCGUUCCCUCAUUUGUAUGAUAAGGUUAAACCUGAGAUUGAUGUGUUUGAGAUCGGCGAGAGCAAUGCUAUUGAAUAAUAAUUUAUAUGGUACAAUAAAAUAUAUAUUUUUAAUGAAA